AUUGUUCUAAAGUUUCUUUCAAUUGACUGGCAAGUUCCUUUUUGUAGAACCCAAAGAAAUCCAUAGCUUGUUGCCAUGUUCAGCCCCAACAUAUUCGAUACGAGUCCCUCUAUAUUCGAGAGUGAACUGACGGGAAGGAUCAGGGUCGACGAUGAGUACGACACAAGAUCGGUUACCGAAAUGGAUGCACCUUCCCGGGAUGAACAGGACCCUGGCCAACGUCCCAAGAGGAAGCGUUACCAUCGUCAUACUCAGCGUCAAAUCCAAGUGAUGGAAGCAUUCUUUAAGGAGUGCCCUCACCCGGAUGAUAAGCAAAGGAAAGAGCUCGGCCGCGAGUUAGGGUUGGAGCCUUUACAAGUCAAGUUUUGGUUCCAAAACAAACGCACCCAAAUGAAGUCUCAACAUGAACGCCAUGAAAACUCUAUAUUGAAGGCCGAGAACGAAAAGCUCCGUGCCGAGAAGCAUAGGUACAAGGAAGCUCUAAGCAAUGCUGUAUGUCCCAACUGUGGAGGGCCAGCUGCUCUUGGAGAGAUGUCAUUUGACGAACAGCAUUUGAGAAUCGAAAAUGCUCGGUUAAGAGAAGAGAUUGAUAGGAUAUCUGGUUCAGCAGCUAAAUAUGUUGGGAAACGUACGAGUACUUCCUUACCUCGCCUUUCCGGUGGAGCUAUCAAUUUUGACACAAAAUCUGGGUUUGUAGGAGAGACGUAUGGUGUUGGUGAUCUUCUAAGGUCAGUUCCCGGGCCAACAGAAGCUGAUAAGCUUAUGAUUGUUGAGCUUGCUGUUGCUGCAAUGGAAGAACUGAUGAGAAUGGCUCAAUCUGGGGGACCUUUGUGGGUUCCGGGGGAGAAUUCUAUAGAUGCUUUGAAUGAGGAAGAAUACAUGAGAACUUUCACUAGGGGUAUUGGACCAAAGCCUUUGGGGUUGAGAUCUGAAGCUUCAAGGACUUCUGCUGUUAUUAUCAUGAAUCAUGUUAACCUAGUUGAGAUUCUCAUGGAUGUGAAUCAGUGGUCUAGAGUGUUUUGUGGUAUUCUUUCAAGAGCUAUGACACUGGAAGUCCUCUCAACUGGAGUAGCAGGAAGCUACAAUGGAGCCUUUCAAGUGAUGACAGCUGAGUUUCAAGUCCCUUCACCACUUGUACCAACUCGGGAGAACUAUUUCGUGAGGUAUUGUAAGCAGCACGGUGACGGAAUUUGGGCGGUGGUCGAUGUUUCCUUGGAUAAUUUACGCCCGAGUCCGAUCUCCAAAUGUAGAAGAAGACCCUCAGGUUGUUUGAUCAAAGAAUUACCAAAUGGAUACUCAAAGGUUAUAUGGGUUGAACAUGUAGAAGUGGAUGAUAGAGCUGUCCACAACUUAUACAGACCAUUAGUCAAUUCCGGAUUAGCUUUUGGGGCAAAACGAUGGGUGGCUACGCUAGGUCGACAAUGCGAACGUCUUGCGAGAACGAUGGCCAGUAACAUUCCAAGCCGGGAUCUAUGUGGUAUAACUAGUCCAGAAGGAAGGAAUACUAUGUUGAAGUUGGCAGAGAGGAUGGUGACUAGAUUUUGUAACGGCGUCGGUGCUUCGACCGCCCAUGCUUGGACUACUUUAUCGACAACCGACUCAAGUGAUGUGAGGGUAAUGACCAGGAAGAGUAUGGAUGAUCCAGGCAGGCCUCCUGGUAUUGUGCUAAGUGCUGCAACUUCCUUCUGGAUCCCAGUUCCACCAAAGAGGGCUUUCGAUUUUCUAAGGGACGAGCGGUCUCGAAACGAGUGGGAUAUCCUCUCGAAUGGCGGUGUAGUUGAAGAAAUGGCUCAUAUAGCUAAUGGACGUGAUCCAGGCAACUGUGUCUCCCUGCUGCGCGUAAAUAGUGGAAACAUAAGCCAAACCAACAUGCUGAUACUACAAGAGAGCUGCAGUGAUGCUACAGGAUCAUACGUGAUAUAUGCCCCAGUCGAUAUCGUCGCCAUGAACGUCGUCUUAGGCGGUGGGGAUCCCGAUUACGUUGCACUUCUACCGUCAGGAUUCGCAAUACUUCCUGACGGUUCGGUACACAACAACAGAGGAGGAAUUAUGGAAAUCGGCUCCGGCGGCUCCCUCCUUACUGUUGCAUUCCAGAUUUUAGUCGACUCGGUUCCAACAGCAAAACUCUCUCUAGGAUCUGUUGCUACCGUCAACAGUCUAAUAAAAUGCACAGUCGAAAGGAUCAUGGCUGCCGUCAUGUGCCAUAAUGCUUGACCGGAAAUGGUGUAUGAAAAGAAGUCAAGAACGCACCUUUCAUGAUCCUUUGCUUUGUGGUGAUUUGAAACAACAACAAAAAGCACAGAAUCACCACCUUGCAGGGAGAAUAGCUUGGUUCGGGUAUUGACUUUGCCAAAA